AUGGCGAGACUUCGCAGAAUGCACCAUCGCCGUGGAGAGUUCAGGUCGAAGGCCAGGAAGUUGAUAGCAGUUUGCAUGGGUGGAGUUCUGCUGUUUUCGGGUGGAGGAACUGUUUCUGCCGAGCCGGUUGAGGCGCUUCUUCGUAGGAGUUUGACUUCAGGUGCCACCGGCACCCAGGGUGAAUCAGGGGCCGCAGAAGCUGUUGCAACAUGUCCUCUGAACGAUGCGGAUUCACCAUCCAGAGGUGAAGCGACACUGACGAUCUCAAAAAGUUCCCUAACCGCUACCAUUGAAUGUCAAGGUGAAAGCCCCACAUUCGUGCCUACCGAAUUGACUAGCGUCUGCGACGGACAAGCGAACGAUGCCAAUCGAGUAUCCGAAUCUGAUACGUGCAAAAUUGGGGCCCACGCUGUAGGCAAGAAGGUGACUCUCCAGGAGCUCCUUGGUGCAUCUCACCCAAUCACCUGGGAAAUGCAACAAGCGUCGGAUGACAGUGGACAGGCCACCACACGAACACUUCAACUAGCAGAAACAGAUCUGCCUCGUACAGACAAACAAUUUAUAGUCGGCUGUCAAAAAAGUGGGCCUGGCGCCACCCCGUCAUGCAAAGUGACAGUGAAAGUGAAUGCCAGACCCUCUUCGGUUGACGACAACAACGUUGUCACAUGUGCACACGGCAAGGACAGCAACAAAACGACUGUGGAAGUCGAGAUGUCAGAAAACAAGAACACUCUCACCAUUGACUGUGGGAGCGACGGAUCCAUGCAGCCUGAAGAUUACACAUCUCAAUACUGCUCCCCCCAAGCAGACAAUUUAGACGGAUGCACGAAGAACAACUACUCUGAUAUUCUUCCCACCUUCGCAAGCAGCUGGUGGACGAAUACAGAAAACAAAACCCAGGCUACUCUGACUAUCCCGAAGACCGAUUUCCCUCCUGCAGAUCAGCGCCUCCUUCUAGGCUGUGUCCCGAAAACACAGAACGCAAACAAGCCCACAAAGGAAGAGAGCCUCACUGAGUCCGUGUCCGAGACGUUGGCAUGCCGUGUCCUUGUAACUGUCAAGGCGUCGAGCUCUACCUCCUCUGCAUCAUUCACUCCACAUGUCAUAGCUGCGACCUCUGGAGCCGCCCUCUUUCCGGGGCUUCUCUCAGGUUCCUUGUAA